UUUUUUUACACUGAUUGCUUUUACACCCAUAAUGGCUGUAAAAGCAAUCAUUUCUCCUUCUCUGGCUGCAUUCUUGCAGCCAUUGAGAAACACUGUGCUAGCUGUGAUUGUGAAUAGCCUUGUACCAUGGCAGCCCAUUCGCUUGAGUGAUCGUGCGGCACCGCGAUCCAGUGCUCGCUGUGUCUGGAGGACCGAUCGCUGUACGGGACCUCUGUGUGAGGUCCCGAUCAUGUCAUCACUGAUUGGCCAAUCAGUGAUCACA